AUGUUGCUGCUCGACUUCCAGAACGUGCUGAUCCAGAAUGUGUUGACGGAGCGUUUCUCAGGUGCUCCCCCCGUCUCCAUCGACCAGACCGUCUCCGACUUUGACGGCGUCCUCUUCCACAUCUCCACGCCCGAGUCCAAGACCAAGAUCCAGAUUUCGAUCCUGCUGCGCUGCUACGACGACCUCGUCAAGUACGGCGCCCAGGAUGUGCUGCAGCGCGAGUACGGCGACUACAUUGUCGCGCCGGAGCCGGGCUUCCAGUUCUCGAUUGUCGUCGACCUCGAGCGGCUGCCGGCCGAGCCCGAGGCGCGCGAGGCGCUCGUCACCAAGAUUGCGCUGCUCAAGCGCAACAUGAUGGCGGCGCCGUUUGAGGCCGCGUUUGCCGAGUACUACCAGCUCAAGGAGGCCGCGUCCAAGUACACGUCGGAGGAGGCGCCGCAGGGCGUGCGCGAGGGCGGCGAGGUCAUGGCGAUCCACUACCGCGAGGAGGAGGCCAUCUACUGCAAGGCGAGCCACGACCGCGUGACCGUCAUCUUCUCGACCGUCUUCCGCGAGGAGACGGACCACGUGUUCGGCAAGGUGUUUAUCCAGGAGUUUGUCGACGCGCGCCGGCGCGCCAUCCAGAACGCGCCGCAGGUGCUGUUCCGCACCGACCCGCCGCUGGAGCUGCAGGGCGUGCCGGGCGUCCGGAACACGGGCACGGGCGAGAUCGGCUACGUGACGUUUGUGCUGUUCCCGCGCCACCUGACGCCGCAGCGCAUGCCCGAGGUCAUCUCGCACAUCCAGACGUUCCGGGACUACUUCCACUACCACAUCAAGGCGUCCAAGGCCUACAUCCACUCGCGGAUGCGGAGGCGGACGGCCGACUUUUUGCAGGUCCUGCGGAGAGCCCGGCCGGACAGCGAGGAGAAGGAGCGCAAGACGGCCAGUGGCCGUACAUUCAAAGCGCAGUAG